AUGGCUGACGCUGCUCCCCGUGGACGUGGUGGUUUCGGUUCGCGCGGCGACCGUGGUGGUGAGCGUGGACGUGGCCGUGGUGGCCGUCGCGGCCGUCGUGGCCCCAAGCAGGAGGAGAAGGAGUGGCAGCCCGUCACCAAGCUCGGCCGUCUCGUCAAGGCCGGCAAGAUCACCUCCAUGGAGCAGAUCUACCUCCACUCUCUGCCCGUCAAGGAGUACCAGAUUGUCGACUUCUUCCUGCCCAAGCUCAAGGAUGAGGUUAUGAAGAUCAAGCCCGUCCAGAAGCAGACCCGUGCCGGUCAGCGUACCCGUUUCAAGGCCAUCGUCCUCAUCGGUGACUCCGAGGGCCACAUCGGUCUCGGAAUCAAGACCUCCAAGGAAGUCGCCACCGCCAUCCGUGCCGCUAUCACCAUCGCUAAGCUCGCCGUUCUCCCCGUCCGUCGCGGUUACUGGGGUACCAACCUUGGUGAGCCCCACUCUCUGCCCGUCAAGCAGAGUGGAAAGUGCGGUUCCGUCUCCGUCCGUCUCAUUCCCGCCCCCCGCGGUACCGGCCUUGUCGCUUCCCCCGCUGUCAAGCGUCUGCUUCAGCUCGCCGGUGUCCAGGACGCUUACACCUCCUCUUCCGGCUCCACCAAGACCCUCGAGAACACCCUCAAGGCCACCUUCGUCGCUGUCGUCAACACCUACGGUUUCCUUACUCCCAACUUGUGGGCUGAGAACAAGCUCAUCCGCAGCCCUCUGGAGGAGUUCGGUGAUGUCCUUCGCCAGGGCAAGAAGUACUAG